CCGAGGGGGCUGGCGGCGAGAUCGGCGGCUGCGCCGACCUCGGCCGCGCCAUCCUGGCCGCCGCCGCUCCGAAGGCCGCUGGCGGCCGCGGAGAUAGAGCAGGACAUGGAGGUGGAGUUCGACGACGGCCGCCUCGGGGUAGUGAGCGACGUGUUCAGCGCAAUCGACGAAUUCUGGGUCAAAGACAGGGACACCGGCGAGCUGGUAGAGAUAGCUCCAGAUGACAGCAGGGUGCGCUCCUUCAAGGCCGAUGAGCUGUUCGCCGCCCGCCGCCCGCUGCCGGCGGGCCCGCUGGCAGACGACCCCGCGGACGACGCGGACGUCGCCAUUGCCGCGGCGGAGCCUCCGGUGUACGAGGAGGAGCAGGCCUACGGCGCCGACGCGUCCGACGCCCUCGGUCCCUACGGAGCUGCGGAGGCGGCAGAGGCGCGGGUCCACGGUGCCGACGCCUACGCGGCGGCCGAGGACUACGUCGCGGACUGGCAGGCGCCCGACGGCGCCGACGCCUCUGCGGCGGCGGGGGAGUACGCCGCGGACGGGCUGGCGCCGGAGCGCGCCGAGAAGAAGAAAGCAAAGAGGACGACGACGACGACUACUGACUGACCUCUGAGCCUCCCUUUGGCAUCUUUUAAAGAAAAGAGGUUGAGGUUGUGAAUCGACUUCAUCCCUCUUCUAGUCGUCUUGCCCAUCAUUCUCUUCUCGCCCCGUCUCUCCUUGUCCCUGCCUUCUUGUGCUGCCUUGCGCUUCUCUUGACCGCCGCCGUUUAGGUAGGGCCCUUGAGCCGCUCUCGCCUUGC